AUGGAAGCUCCUAGCGAAGCGACACAGCUAUUGCUAGCUCGACUAGCUUUACUCUCAACGACAGCCAGCACACUUAUGAAACCCACGGGACCCACACUGAAAGAUGACAUCAAGCAGAACCUCACGUUCUUCUCGCCCAUCAACUCCAUCGCAAACGUGUUAUGGCUAGUGGUCAUUCUCCUCAGCCUACGGCUUCCAAGAAUCAUGAGCACCCGAUUGAUAGUUUGGCUCGCAUUCGCACUCUGCGCACAUUGGCAGGUUUGCGAGGCCGACCCGAGCAAACACAUGAAGCAUAAGGCAGCGGUACAUUUCACAAGACGGGCGAUUCUUAUGGGCAUUACAGUACCAGGAUUCGUGGCAAUGAUCUUGCUCGACGAUCAUCGGUGGACACAAUUCUUCAUGGCAUGGUUGGUUGGAGAUGCUGUUGUGACCGAAGCUCUCACGCUGUUUUCACCACCGACGCGGACGAUUUACCUCCACAAGGACUGGCCGGAAAGGAUGCUGUUGAGUCACCAAUUAGGCCCAGUAGAGAUAUCUCCUAAGAUUCAUUGUGAAUCCCUGAAGGAAGAGAAGACGGUGAAGGUUGAACAAAACGACAGUACCGAGCCAGAAGGAGAAGACACCGGCGGGAAAGAGCCAUCUUCUGGUCAAGCGCAGCAAAAGGAACCUGAGCAACUGCCUCCCCAAAACCUUUGCAAUAGGGUGCAGCAACUUUUGGAUUCUUUGCUAGGGGCCGAUGUCGAGGCCAAUGUGGAACAUGAACAUGUCAAAAACGACAUAUGCACUAUGCUCCGUCUUUUAUAUCCAUUCCGGAUAGCUUGGACAUGCGGACAUCGGCUUUGUUUCGUAUACAAAGCUUGCAGCUUCCUUGCUCCCCUGAUGAUGCUUGCUCAAAGGCUGGCAACGGCCACUUUCGUCUUUUGGCUCUUGGCUAUUGAUAUCCGGCCUCUCCUACCGCGGAUUCUUGCUGUGAUUGAGGAGAUCUAUCUCAUACGCCUCAUAUUAUUCAUCGCAUAUGAGACCUUCGUCUCCAACAGUUUAGCUCGUCGAACUCGGUUUCCAGCCCGGCGAAUCAAGGUUCAUAUUACGUCGGCUUUCGUCAUAUGGCCCUUGCAGGCGUACUUUUAUUGGAUAAGCCCAGUCCUCAUGACAGAGCAGAGACUAUCGCUUUUUGUGACAAUGCUUUUCUUCGCGAUACUCACCAGCAUCGCGUGGAAGGUUUCGCCAAAGCUUCUCAGUACGACUUCUGAGAAUGAUGGAGAUGGUAAAGAUACAUCAACUGACCGUGCAACUGUGGGCAAAGGCACAACCUCCAAGGCUAAGCUUGAUAUGACGUUCUCAGUGAUGUUUGUUCCGUUCGCGUUGUGGUUUGUAUGCUUGAGGUUCUGA